CAUAGACCAGAAACAUCGCAUUAUGGCCUCGCUCUGAGCCUCCUGAUGCGACAGUUGUGUAUAUACCUAACCGGCAAUCCGUCACCAUCGACGCCUUGAUCAUGGACCUCCGGUCCAGAGGCUUUUUUCGGGGCCAUCGGAGUUGUCAAUAGUACUCCUGAAGUGCUAUAUUAUUUGAUUUUGAGCACUGUCACUUUUGCACGCCCGGGGAUUUAAACCGAAGUGACAGUAGUAGCACUCACCCCAUCUGCCGGUCAGCUAACUAGCUCGCUAAGUCAAUAGCCAAGAAGGGCAUCACUUUUCUUUUGGAGUAAAGGACAAGGAAACUGCAACACCACUACUUUCAUUAACAGAAGACUGAACAGAGGCUGAUUCCCCGAGUCCCCAUCUUACAACAUAUUCACUACUGAUUCCUGGAAGGCUGGCAACACAACGCCACCCUAAUGCAGAACCAUAAAAGAACGUGAAAUGAACAAACCACCACAGCCUAUAACGGGACCCACUUCUGUCCCAAACCCUGCCCCAUCCCCUGGACUGACACAGGCGGCCUACGGCCCUGGACAGCCCCCGUCUAUUGUUUUUGCUACCCCUCCACCUCCACAAAUGAACUCUGCACCACAGCCAAGACAGAGUUACUAUCAGAACCGACCAGCUAUGGCCACCAGUGCUCCAAGGGUACAGACAAGUAGUGGCCCACGGCCUGUCGGACCCACUCACGUCUACCCGCCCAGCUCCCAGAUGAUGAUGAUUUCCCAGCAGCAGCUGUCUUUUGCUGGCUCCCCUCAGGGCUACUUCAUCCCCCCUGGACAGUACCGGGCCCCAUAUAUGCCUCCUACUCAGCAGUAUCCUGUGACCAGCGGUACUGCAGGAUUCUAUCCAGGAACUAGCCCUGCUGAAUAUCCUGCUUAUGCAGGAGCAUACUAUCCAGCCCAGCCGCAGUACUCUCCGUCUGUCCAGCCGGCACCAGUCAUGAUCAACCCCGCCCAACAACAGCAACAAGCCCCGCCUCCUCAGCAACCACCGGCACAGUCACAAGGCCCACCAAAGAGGGAACGCAAACCGAUAAGAAUACGAGACCCCAACCAGGGUGGGCGCGAUAUCACAGAGGAGAUCAUGUCAGGUGGAAGAUCCACCACCACACCAACUCCCCCACAGGCCUCCAUAGCAGAUGCAAGUCCUGCACAGACCAAUGGUGAAGUUACACAGCCUGUCACUACAGUGGUGAGAAAAGAUGAAAACAUGGAGCCUCCUGCUGGCGCUGAAACCCCACCACCUCUUGCCAUAGCAAAUACAGAGCCUGUGGUGGAGGCCAAACAGGAAAUGGACAACGAGAUUACACCGCCUGCUGAGUUAGCCGCACAAUCUGUAGCCCCUGUAGCUGCUACUGAGGUGCCAUCUCCAUUGAUAAAGGACCAGCAGUCUUCCUCUUCCCUUUCUCCAGCAGCAGCAUCCACUACACCUCCUGCUGAGACAAUAAAUGAAGUUGAUACUAAAGUUGGUGACACAGUGGACGCUCCUGUCGGCCCUGCAGCAUCCUUAGCAGCACAAGAGGCACCUGUCAAAACUGAGGAGCCACAGGCUGCCCCAGCUCCCGCUGAGAAGGGACCAGAAAAGGAGGAAAAGAAAAUGGAGGAGGUGAAGAAAUUGGAAAAAGGGGAGCAGGAGUCAGCCAGCACUAAGUUGGAGCCUGCGAUUGAGGUUGCCACAACAGUUACCCCUGUUAGCGUGGCGAAAGAAGAUGUGGCCACAAAGACGGCUACUGAAAUCUCUCAGCCUCCACCUUCUGCACAUGAACCUGCUGCUCCACAGACCCAGAGCGCUGUUCCGAGCACCGCCCCUGAACCUGAACCCACACCGGCUGAAACGGCAGAGCCUCUUCUUCCCAACGGCCUUCCUCAGGACUCUGAGGCACUCUCUGAGGAUAUGGCGUUUUCAGACACUACACCCGUUGACAAGCCUGACGCUUGUCAAUCUCAGGAAUCCACACCUGUGGCUAAAACGGUAAUGCCAGCACAGGAGGAAGAGGAGAAGGAGAAAAAAGAGGAAGAAAAGGAGACAGAGAAAAGCGAGGACUCUCCUCCCACCACUGUUAGCUGCCCUACAGAGGAAUCUACUACUAUGCAAGCUGCUACGUCUGUGCCAAAGAAGAGGAAGAACAUGAAGGAGUUCAACAAGAAGGAGGCCAUUGGAGACCUCCUGGAUGCCUUCACAGAGGAGCAGGAUGCCAAGCCUGCUUCUGAACCCUCAUCCACUCAGGCCGACCCUGUCCCUGUUGCUCCAGCUGAACCUCCUGCUGAGGUUGCAGAUGAGACCUGGGAGGAAAAAGAGGACAAACAGAAUGCAGAACCUGACAGGCCGAAAGCCACACCUGAGCCAGCUGGGCAGAAAUACCAGUACAAAGAAGAGCAAUGGAAGCCGAUUGACCCCGAAGAGAAGAAGAGGUACGACAGGGAGUUCCUCCUGGGCUGCCAGUUUAUCAGCGCCAGUAUGCACAAACCCGAGGGCCUGCCUCUCAUCAGUGAUGUGGUCCUGGACAAGGUGAACAAGACUCCGCUGCGGCCUGCUGACCCAGCUAGACUGAUGAAUGUUGGUCCUGAUUUUACUCCCUCGUAUUUGGGGAACCUUGGGAGCAGAUCAGUGGGAGGACCACGAGGCCCACCGCCUGGACCACGUCGUUCCCAGCAGGGCCAGAGAAAAGAGCCCAGGAAAAUCAUCAGCAGCAUGUCCCUCAGUGAUGACGUGCAGCUCAACAAGGCUGAGAAGGCCUGGAAGCCCUCGACGAAAAAGCCCGCUCGCAGCCGCACCGGAGACGAAGCCGAAGAAGAUGAUACCGAGCAGAGCCAGACUCAAGAGCUGUUCAAGCGUCUGCGUAGUAUCCUCAACAAGCUGACCCCUCAGAAGUUUCAGGAACUGAUGAAGCAGGUGACAGAGUUGACGAUAGACACAGAGGAGAGGCUGAAGGGAGCCAUUGAUCUCAUCUUCGAGAAGGCCAUCUUAGAGCCCAACUUCUCCGUGGCCUACGCUAACAUGUGCCGCUGCCUUAUGGGGUUGAAAGUCCCCACCUCAGACAAGCCAGGAAUUUUUGUUAACUUCCGGAAAGUGCUGCUCAACCGCUGCCAGAAAGAGUUCGAGAAGGACCAGGACGAUGAUGAAAUCUUUGAGAAAAAGCAAAAAGAGUUGGAGGCUUCCAAAGAUGAUGAGGAACGUGAGCGCUUGAGGGUGGAGCUGGAGGAGGCUAGAGACAAGGCCCGGCGCCGGUCACUAGGCAACAUAAAGUUCAUCGGCGAGCUCUUCAAGCUGAAGAUGCUGACGGAGGCAAUCAUGCACGACUGCGUAGUGAAACUACUGAAGAAUCAUGAUGAAGAGUCUCUGGAGUGUCUCUGCAGGCUUCUCUCCACGAUUGGCAAAGACCUGGACUUUGAGAAGGCCAAGCCUCGUAUGGAUCAGUAUUUCAACCAGAUGGACAAGAUCAUCAAAGAAAGAAAGACCUCAUCAAGAAUUCGCUUCAUGCUGCAAGAUGUCUUGGACCUCAGAAAGAAUAACUGGGUGCCUCGUAGAGGAGACCAGGGUCCUAAAACAAUUGACCAGAUCCAUAAGGAGGCAGAGUUGGAGGAGCAUAGGGAACACAUCAAAGUCCAGCAGCAGCUCCUGUCCAAGAAAGACGGAGGAGGCAGGAUGGGAGGAAACAUGGGGGGCCGAGGCUCUCACACACCAGGAGGUGGCAGGACUAGCCAGCCCCAGGAUGAAGGAUGGAAUACUGUGCCCAUCUCCAAGAACAGACCUAUCGACACCACCCGCCUUAGCAAGAUCACAAAGCCUGGCGCUCUGGACUUCAACAACCAACUGUUGGCUCCAGGGGGAAAAGGCAUGUGGGGGAGCUGGGGCAAAGGCAGUAGUGGAGGAACCGGAGCUAAACCAGCAAGUGGAGAGCAGGAUUCUGGUCGUUCAACUACCAGCACCCUCAACCGCUUCUCAGCCCUGCAGUCUGGUUCAUUGUUGUCUUCAACAGACUCUGAUCGCAGAGUUCCUCAGAGGUCAAGCUCCAGCCGUGAGCGCGGUGGCGACAGAGACAGGGGUGAUCGCGACAGGGAUCGCUUUGAUCGAUUUGAUCGCGGUGAAGGACGGGAAGGCCGCGAUGACAGGGGCAGCCAGAACCAAAUCAGCAAGAGAAGUUUCAGCAGAGAGUCGCAGGAGCGUGGCGGGAGGGGCGGAGACAGCCGGGCUUCAACUGAGCCUGUGCGUCGCGUGGCCAGCAUGACCGACGACCGGGACAGGGGGAGCAGGGACCGAGGAAGUCGGGAUAGAGGAAGCCGAGACCGAGGAAGCCGAGAUCAAGGAAGCCGGGAUAGGGUUCCAAGCAAAGAUCUCACAGUUAAGCGCGAGAGCGCCCCCACUCCUCCUCCUCCUUCUUCUCUUUCAAAACCUGCCAUGACGGAAGAGGAGGUCAAUAAGAAGUCAAACGCCAUCAUUGAAGAAUACCUCCACAUAAAUGAUUUGAAGGAGGCUUUGCAGUGUGUGGCAGAACUCAACAGUACCUCGCUGCUCUAUGUGUUUGUGCGGAACAGCGUGGAGUCGACGCUUGAACGCAGCACCAUCGCUCGAGAGCAUGUGGGCCUGUUGCUGCACCAACUUGUAAAGGCAGGAACACUGCCUACGCAGCAGUACUACAAAGGGCUAGAGGAGACCCUGGAGGCUGCGGAAGACACGGCCAUAGAUAUACCUCACAUCUGGCUCUACCUGGCUGAGCUCAUUACCCCCAUGCUCCAUGAGGGAGGCAUCCCAAUGGGACAGCUCUUCAGGGAGAUCUCGAAGCCUCUUGUGCCUCUGGGGCAGGCUGGUGUGCUGCUGGUACAGAUCCUCAAGUUGCUCUGCAAAGGAAUGACCCCGAAGAAAGUCGGGGCCAUGUGGACAGAGGCUGGGCUGAACUGGAGAGAUUUCUUGCCAGAGGAUGUAGAUGUCAACAAGUUUGUCACUGAUCAGAAGAUGGAGUUCACCACAGGAGAGGAGACAGAGUCAAAGGACGUUGGUAAGAAGAAGGUCCUCAGUGGAGAGGAGCUCAGCAAACAGCUGGACCGACUCUUGCAGGACAAGGCCAACAACCAGCGUAUCAGAGACUGGGUGGAGGCUAACUUGGACGAGCCACAAACUGCUUCCAACCAGUUUAUCCGAGCCUUGAUGACAUCAGUGUGUCAGUCUGCCAUCAUUUGUGACAACCCGUACAGGGUGGAUGCACAGCAGAUCGGACUGAGGGCCAGUCUGCUGCAGAAGUACCUGUGUGACGAGCAGAAGGAGCUGCAGGCCCUUUAUGCCCUCCAGGCUCUGAUGGUGCACAUGGAGCAGCCAGCAAACCUGCUGCGGAUGUUCUUCGACGCCUUGUACGACGAGGACGUUAUUAAGGAGGAGGCCUUCUACAAAUGGGAAUCCAGCAAAGACCCUGCGGAGCAAACAGGCAAAGGCGUGGCCUUGAAGUCGGUCACUGCCUUCUUCACCUGGCUCCGCGAGGCCGAGGAGGAGUCUGACAAGGAAUAAAAGACUGAACCGAAAGCUGUCGCCCCCCCUUCAGCAAGGUGGGGGGCUCUGCAGGCAGCUGCAGAGAGUCGUGGACAAUGUUGCCAGAGAGAGGCAGACUCGAAAUCAAUCCUCAAUGAGGAUAAAUUUUUAUUAUGUUUUCUUUUUCUUUGAGGGAUGGACAAUCAUUUCUCUCUACCCUCCCUCUCUUGCUUCCUCAUUAUUUCGCCACCUGCUUGUGACAGCAAGUGUCCUCAUCAAAUAAACUUGAAAACUGAUUCAGCAGGAUUGCUUGUAACGAGGUGUGAAGUAUCCCACAUCACUACAAACUCUUUUUUGUCACAAAAAAACAAAACCAACAGGCUGCUUUUUUUAAAUGGUUCUAGAUAUAAUGGUAAUGCCUAACAUCCGAUCUGAUCUGCCAGAAUAAACAGCGGGGCGUGUGGUGUAGUGGGUUCCCUGAUACAUGGGUAUCGUCAUGCCAUCAUGUGUGUCCAAUCCAGACUCAGCUCUUAUGUCUUUGUCUCUUACUGGAGUGUGCAGCAUGACUGAAGUGUGUUUCUAUUAAUGAUACAGUGGACGUUGAUAGACGAACGUACAUGAACUAAUAUUAAUUUGAUGGAUGGAGUUUUUAAAGCAAAUGUCGUCUAUUUUCUCUUCCUGUUUCCCAUCAUGAACUUACAAAGGACAGAAACACGGAGGACUGAUGUUGACCUUUGACCUUGACUACUAGGGGGUGGUCUUAAUGCUUCCUCUAAGCCAUCCUCUCCCAUCCCCAGUAGUGAACCACACUGACUGACUCUUCAUCUUUACCUCUUCUAUACUUAAACUGUCGUAGAGGACACUUAAUGACCCAAUCACCGUUAAAACUUGAAAUCUACAGAAAAUUGACUUGAUGAAAUAUAUAAAGUUUAAAGAAAAAGGAAAAAAAAAAAAGACACAGAAAUGAUCCGAAAGCCUUUUCUACUUUAAGUGGAAACUUAUUUCAGGAGCGUUCUGUAAAUAUAUAAUAAUAAUGAUAAUUACAAAAAACUUUCUUUUUUUUCCUCAUUUUUAUUUUUCAAAAGUUAAAUCGCUGAUGUAAUUGCAGUGUGUCCUUUUCCAGCAGAAAACGCAGUUGUCCAGAUGCAGAGAGGUGCUUUAGAUAAUCCAUUGAUUAUUAUUAGUUGUAUUGGAAUUUUGUAAAUAUUUUUUUUUUUUUUUUUGCUUUCUUUAUUUAAGAAAUUAUUGCUUCUUUUGCAUCGGAAACUGGAAAGAUGAGGUAACGGAACAUUGCAAAUAAAGGACUUAUUAAGUUGCUGA